CAAUAAUCUUAGGUUAUGUAUAAUUUCGCAUGUGUUUUCAAUUUUUAAACUGUAAACUAGUGAUUGUUAAGGUUUUUAGUUGUUUUAGACAUUAAUUACUUUUCUCUGUGAUUUAUUUGCAUUGACAUGGGAGUGAAAAACAAGAUAUCAAAAGCAAAGAAAAACAACCAAAAGCGCAAUAAAUUGGUUAAGAAAGGUGUGAUAAAGAAGGGAGCUAAAAAAGGAAAGAAUGUGCGUGAACAACCACCGAAAAUUGUUAAGAAACAAGAUGAAGUUUCUGAGGAAAGUGAUCAAGGUGAAGAUUUGUUGGAAAUGGUGGAUGAUGAUGAUCUCGAGUUCAUUAAAAAUGCCAUAACAAACAGAUCAUAUAAUAUACUAAACAAAAUAAAAUAUGUGGGGAAUAAAAAGAAGCAAGUAGAUGACAGUGAAGAUGUGGAAGAGCAGUAUGAAAAAGAGAACAGUAUUCCUGAAAAAAAUGUCAAAAUUAAAAAUCUCCUCCCAAUUAAGUCUGGGAACAAGAUAAUACCACAGCAAGCUGUUGAAACAAUUGAAGAGGAGGAAGAACAAGAAGAACCAACUGCAGAUGAAGCUGAACCUGAGGAAGAUGAUGAAGCUGCAUCAUCAGAUGCAGAAGAAUUCACUUUGGUAGAAUCAGAAUUUGAUAUUUCAAAGCCAAUAUCAGCAACUCAAUUACUGGCUUCCAGAAAUGAUAUUCUUAGGCAGAAAAAAAUACACAUAGGAACCCUCAGUUCUGGUCUUUUGGAAAAUCCUGAGGAAAAAAUUACUAAUUUAAGAACAUUGCUGAAGAUUAUGGAUGAGGAGACACCUGAAGUUUAUCUAACAGUCAGAAAAUUAGUGAUUGUAUCCUUGGUUGAAGUGUUCAAGGAUAUUUUACCAUCAUAUGAAAUCAAAAACAUUAGCACUGAUGGGGCUAAAUUGAAAAAGGACACACUAAAGCUGUAUAAAUAUGAGGAAAAUUUGUUGCUGUAUUAUAAAAAGUUUCUACAAAAAUUGGAAAAAUAUUGUUUUAUGUUAAUGAGGAAGAAAGGAGAUUCUAAAAGAAGAUCAGAGGAAGAACUGAAAUUGGCAGAAUUAGCAGUUCAGGGAAUGUGUGAUCUUUUGGUUUCACAUCCUUACUUUAAUUAUUCACAGAAUAUUGCACAAGUUGUUGUUCCAUGUCUGAACAAUCCUAGAAAAAGUGUAAGGGAGAUAGUAAAAGUUGCUGUUAAAACUGUUAUAAAAGAAGAUAAAAAGGAGGAAGUAACCCUGAAAAUAUUAAGGAUUAUAAAUCAAUAUCUUAAAAAUCAUUCCCAUAAUACAAACCCAGAUAUACUAGAAGUUUUAUUAGUUUUGAAUUUAAAGGAUGUUAACUUAGAUAAAGAAAAGGAGGUUGAUAUAAAACAGAAGAAACUUAUGCAUCAUAAGCAAAACGUUUUACAGAUGUCAAAGAAAGAACGAAAGAGGAAGAAAAAACUGAAGGAACUGGAGAAGGAAUUAUUAGAGACAAAGGCAGAGGAAAGUGUGCAAGCAAAACAAAAAAAUCUGACUGAAAUUACCAAGAUAAUCUUCAAUAUUUAUUUUAGAAUAUUGAAAAACUCUACCAACACAAAGGUGUUAGGAGUGUGUUUAGAAGGUUUAGCAAAAUUUGCCCAUUGCAUAAAUUUGGAAUACUAUGUAGACAUUGUAAACGCAUUGGACAAUUUGAUGAAAGAAGAUUGGUUAGGGUAUAAGGAACAACUUCACUGCAUCAGUACCGUCUUCGCAAUCUUAAGUGGCCAUGGCGAAGCCAUAAAUAUGGACCCUACUCGAUUCUACAAUAGCCUUUAUAAAGAUAUGUUUUGCUCAAAUGCUGCCGUCAGUCAUGAAAACAUAUUAAUCCUGUUGAAAACCCUAAACGAAGCGGUUUUAAGGCGACGAAAAAAUAUUACGAAUAAGCGUGCAAUAGGUUUUGUCAAGAGAAUAGCGACGUUAAGUUUAUAUCUAUUACACAAUGGCUCAUUAGGUUGCCUCAGUUUAGUUAAAAAUGUUAUGCAGGUAAAUCGGACAAUUGAUAUUCUGUUGGAUUUGGAUAAUAGUGUGGGAGAUGGCAAAUUUCAUCCAGAACUAGAUGAUCCGGAGUAUGCGAAUGCGUCCACCACAGCUUUAUACGAGAUGAUAUUACUGAGGAAUCACUACCAUCCAACUGUACAUAAGUAUGCUUGCAAUAUUGCGAGUGGUGUGCCUGCCACUGGCGACGGAAGUCUGCCAGCAGAAUAUUGGAAAAAGACUCCUGAACAAUUGUUUGAAGAAUUUAGUAUGACAGAAAUGGCCUUCAAUCCUCCAGUACCAGUACCGAAAAAGGUUCAGCCAAAGAGUGGUAUCAAGAGGAUCGUGUACAGUGAUCCCAGUUUUGAAGAUGAUUGUUUUGAAAUUAUGAAAUCCAAAAGAAGAAAAACCAAUUUUUGGAUCAAUGAUUCUGGUUUUAAUGUAUAAAAAUAAACAAAUUUGACAAUG